AUGAUGAUCCUGCAUGUAUUUCGUGUGUAUCUCACCGGCGAAUUUAAAAAACCUCACGAAUUGACUUGGGUUACAGGUGUGGUUCUGGCUGUAUUAACUGCAUCUUUUGGCAUAACUGGUUAUUCCUUACCUCGGGACCAAAUUGGUUAUUGGGCAGUGAAAAUAGUAACAGGUGUCCCUGAUGCUAUUCCUGUAGUAGGAUCACCUUUGGUCGAAUUAUUGCGUGGAAGGGCUAGUGUGGGACAAUCUACUUUGACUUGUUUUUAUAGUUUACACACUUUUGUAUUGCCACUUCUUACUGCCGUAUUUAUGUUAAUGCGCUUUCCAAUGAUACGCUUAGCUGUUUUAGAACCAUCAAUUUUUGGUGAACCGGCAGAUCCAUUUGCAACCCCUUUGGAAAUCUUACCUGAAUGGUAUUUCUUUCCUGUAUUUCAAAUACUUCGUACAGUGCCCAAUAAAUUGCUGGCGAUUCUUUUAAUGGUUACAGUACCUGUGGGAUUAUUAACAGUACCUUUUUUAGAGAAUGUUAAUAAAUUCCAAAAUCCAUUUCGCCGUCCAGUAGCGAUGACUGUCUUUUUGAUUGAUUUUACACGUGUGAUACAUGUUCCUUCUAUUUCUCCAAGUAAAGCUCUUCGCGUCGCAAUGCCUAUUGUGUUGGCUUGGCCUUUCAUAAGUGGAGACAGAAUAAAGCGUCCAUAA